AUGUUUUCUUUUCUCUUCUCCAAUCCAACAAAUUUUCUAAACAGUCUUUCUUCUUUCUCUCUUUCUUUAUCCUCUUCCGUCUUUUUAUUCUUCUCUACACUCUUUCUUCUUUCUCUCUUUCUAUAUCCUCUUCAGUCUUUUUAUUCUUCUCUACAAUCUUUCUUAUUUCUCUCUUUCUUUAUCCUCUUCCGUCUUUUUAGUCUUCUCUACAAUCUUUCUUCUUUCUCUCUUUCUUUAUCCUCUUCAGUCUUUUUAGUCUUCUCUACACUCUUUCUUCUUUCUCUCUUUCUUUAUCCUCUUCCGUCUUUUUAUUCUUCUAUACAUUCUUUCUUCUUUCUCUCUUUCUUUAUCCUCUUCAGUCUUUUUAGUCUUCUCUACACUCUUUCUUCUUUCUCUCUUUCUUUAUCCUCUUCAGUCUUUUUAUUCUUCUCUACAAUCUUUCUUCUUUCUCUUUUUCUUUAUCCUCUUCCGUCUUUUUAUUCUUCUAUACAUUCUUUCUUCUUUAUCUCUUUCUUUAUCCUCUUCAGUCUUUUUAGUCUUCUAUACAUUCUUUCUUCUUUCUCUCUUUCUUUAUCCUCUUCCGUCUUUUUAUUCUUCUCUACAAUCUUUCUUCUUUCUCUCUUUCUUUAUCCUCUUCCGUCUUUUUAUUCUUCUAUAGAUUCUUUCUUCUUUCUCUCUUUCUUUAUCCUCUUCACCUUUUUAUUCUUCUCUACAUUCUUUCUUCUUUCUCUCUUUCUUUAUCCUCUUCCGUCUUUUUAUUCUUCUCUACAAUCUUUCUUCUUUCUCUCUUUCUUUAUCCUCUUAAGUCUUUUUAGUCGUCUAUACAUUCUUUCUUCUUUCUCUCUUUCUUUAUCCUCUUCAGUCUUUUUAUUCUUCUCUACAUUCUUUCUUCUUUCUCUCUUUCUUUAUCCUCUUCCGUCUUUUUAUUCUUCUCUACAAUAUUUCUUCUUUCUCUCUUUCUUUAUCCUCUUCAGUCUUUUUAUUCUUCUCUACAUUCUUUCUUCUUUCUCUCUUUCUUUAUCCUCUUCCGUCUUUUUAUUCUUCUCUACACUCUUUCUUCUUUCUCUCUUUCUUUAUACUCUUCCAUCUUUUUAUUCUUCUCUACAAUCUUUCUUCUUUCUCCCUUUCUUUAUCCCCUUGAGUCUAUUUAUCUAUUUAGUCUUCUCUAAACUCUUUCUUCUUUCUCUCUUUCUUUAUCCUCUUCCGUCUUUUUAUUCUUCUCUACAAUCUUUCUUCUUUCUCCCUUUCUUUAUCCUCUUAAGUCUUUUUAGUCUUCUAUACAUUCUUUCUUCUUUCUCUCUUUCUUUAUCCUCUUCAGUCUUUUUAUUCUUCUCUACACUCUUUCUUCUUUCUCUCUUUCUUUAUCCUCUUCCGUCUUUUUUUCUUCUUCUCUACAAUCUUUCUUCUUUCUCUCUUUUCUUUAUCCUCUUCAGUCUUUUUAUUCUUCUCUACAUUCUUUCUUCUUUCUCUCUUUCUUUAUCCUCUUCCAUCUUUUUAUUCUUCUCUACAAUCUUUCUUCUUUCUCUCUUUCUUUAUCCUCUUCAGUCUUUUUAUUCUUCUCUACAUUCUUUCUUCUUUCUCUCUUUCUUUAUCCUCUUCCGUCUUUUUAUUCUUCUCUACACUCUUUCUUCUUUCUCUCUUUCUUUAUCCUGUUCCGUCUUUUUAUUCUUCUCUACACUCUUUCUUCUUUCUCUCUUUCUUUAUCCUCUUCCGUCUUUUUAUUCUUCUCUACAAUCUUUCUUUCUUUCUCUCUUUCUUUAUCCUCUUCCGUCUUUUUAUUCUUCUUCUUCAUCUUUCUUCUUUCUCCUUUCUUUAUCCUCUUCAGUCUAUUUAGUCUUCUCUAAACUCUUUCUUCUUUCUCUCUUUCUUUAUCCUCUUCCGUCUUUUUAUUCUUCUCUACAAUCUUUCUUCUUUCUCCCUUUCUUUAUCCUCUUAAGUCUUUUUAGUCUUCUAUACAUUCUUUCUUCUUUCUCUCUUUCUUUAUCCUCUUCAGUCUUUUUAUUCUUCUCUACACUCUUUCUUCUUUCUCUCUUUCUUUAUCCUCUUCCGUCUUUUUAUUCUUCUCUACAAUCUUUCUUCUUUCUCUCUUUCUUUAUCCUCUUCAGUCUUUUAUUCUUCUCUACAUUCUUUCUUCUUUCUCUCUUUCUUUUUCCUCUUCCGUCUUUUUAUUCUUCUCUUUCACUCUUUCUUCUUUUCUCUCUUUCUUUAUCCUCUUCCGUCUUUUUUUCUUCUCUCUACAAUCUUUCUUCUUUCUCUCUUUCUUUAUCCUCUUCCUCUUCUCUACAAUCUUUCUUCUUUCUCUCUUUCUUUAUCCUCUUCCGUCUUUUUUCUUCUCUUUCUUCCUUCUUUCUCUCUUUCUUUUAUCCUCUUCAGUCUUUUUCUUCUUCUUCUUCACUCUUUUCUUUCUUUCUUUAUCCUCUUCCUCUUCCGUCUUUUUUCUUCUCCUACAAUCUUUCUUCUUUUUCUUUUCUUUAUCCUCUUCCUCUUUUUUAUUCUUCUCUACACUCUUUCUUCUUUCUCUCUUUCUUUAUCCUCUUCAGUCUUUUUUCUUCUCUACACUCUUUCUUUCUCUCUCUCUUUCUUUAUCCUUUUCAGUCUUUUAUUCUUCUCUACCUCCUUCUUCUUUCUCUCUUUCUUUAUCCUCUUCAGUCUUUUUAUUCUUCUCUACACUCUUUCUCCUUUCUCUCUUUCUUUAUCCUCUUCCGUCUUUUUAUUCUUCUCUACACUCUUUCUUCUUUCUCUCUUUCUUUAUUCUCUUCAUCUUUUUAUUCUUCUCUACACUCUUUCUUCUUUCUCUCUUUCUUUAUCCUCUUCCGUCUUUUUUGUCUUCUCUACACUCUUUCUUCUUUCUCUCUUUCUUUUCCUCUCUUCAGUCUUUUUUUUUCUUCUCUACACUCUUUUCUUCUUUCUCUCUCUUUCUUUAUUCUCUUCUUCACUUCGUCUUCUCUUUCUUUAUCUUUUCUUCUUUCUCUUUCUUUCUCUCUCCUCUUCCUCUUUUUCUUUUAUUCUUCUCUUACACUUUUUCUUCUUUUUCUCUCUUUCUUUAUCCUCUUCAUCUUCUCUUUCAAUCUUUCUUCUUUCUCUCUUUCUUUAUCCUCUUCAGUCUUUUUUUCUUCUUUCUUCUCUUUCUUCUUUCUCUUUCUUUCUUUAUCCUCUUCAGUCUUUUAUUCUUUCUUCAAUCUUUUUCCUUUCUCUCUUUCUUUAUCCUCUUCCGUCUUUUUUAUUCUUCUCUUCUUUUAUUCUUUCUCUUUCUUUAUCCUCUUCCGUCUUUUUAUUCUUCUCUUUCUUCUUUCUUCUUUCUCUCUUUCUUUAUCCUCUUCCGUCUUUUUAGUCUUCUCUACAAUCUUUCUUCUUUCUCUCUUUCUUUAUCCUCUUCCGUCUUUUUAUUCUUCUCUACACUCUUUCUUCUUUCUCUCUUUCUUUAUCCUCUUCAUUCUUUUUAUUCUUCUCUACACUCUUUCUUCUUUCUCUCUUUCUUUAUCCUCUUCAUCUUUUUAUUCUUCACUACACUCUUUCUUCUUUCUCUCUUUCUUUAUCCUCUUCAGUCUUUUUAUUCUUCUCUACACUCUUUCUCCUUUCUCUCUUUCUUUAUCCUCUUCCGUCUUUUUUCUUCUCUUUCUUUCUUCUUUCUCUCUUUCUUUAUCCUCUUCCUCUUCUCUACCUCUUUCUUCUUUCUCUCUUUCUUUAUCCUCUUCCGUCUUUUUAUUCUUCUUUCUCUUUCUUUAUCCUCUUUCUUUUUAUUCUUUCUCUCUUUUUCUUUUUUAUCCUCUUCAUCAAUUUUUGAAUUCUCUCUCUCUCUCUCUCUCUCUCUCUCUCUGUCUCUGUCUGUCUGUCUCUCUCUCUCUCUCUCUCUCUCUCUCUCGAUGA